AUGGCAAUCCCUAAUGAUAUCCUCGUCGCGGACGCCGAGGGGAGAAUCCCCGCCGGCGUCUCACUCGAGUAUCUCGCUGAAUCGCGUGAUCCCCCGGCAAAGGUGGCCAUUAUCUUCUUGAUAUGCCUGGCGGGGUUGGUGAUGAUCGUUCGCCUUUAUGCACGGGCAUUUCUGGUGAAAAAGAUCGGCAUGGAUGAUAUCCUGGCCGUGUUGACUAUGCUGAUCUACAUCUCCUUCGUCGUACUCUCCAUCAUCCUAAUCGACCUGGGAAGUGGCCGUCACUUUGGAUACAUUCAAUAUGUCCUGUCUAUGCCCACCGUUCGUGAAACCGAAGUUCUAGAUUUCGUCGCCCACGUCUUGUACACCACUGCGCUGUUCCUCUGCCGUCUAUCCGGUUUAGCCUUCUACCACCGACUGGCCGCACGCUCAGGGCGACUCCAUCUAGCCAUCAAAAUCGCCGCGGUGUUCUUGUUCGCUGCUUUUCUCCCCCAGUUUUUCCUGUUAAUCUUCCACUGUCGACCGGUGACCGGGUUAUGGCCGUACCCGUGGCAGGAGGAGCCCGUGGCAUAUAAUUGCCUGACAUGGGGACUGGUGUACUCUGUGAACUCUGCGGUGUCUCUAACAUGUGACAUACUCAUGUUCAUCAUCCCUGCGAUUCUGAUCAAGAAUUUGCAUGUGUCGUUGAAAAAGAAGAUGAAGCUCUCCCUCGUGAUGUUCCCUGGUGUUCUAGUCAUCGUGAUCUCCACAAUCAGAGUCUACCUCGUCGCCAUCGGCCAGUGGUCCGACGACGGAAGCUGGGCGUAUAAUCCCAUGAUGGGGAUUGAAAAUGCCGAGAUCGCAGGUACUCUGAUCGCUCUAUCGGUGCCGGCCUUGAAGCCGGUUUUCGGAAACCUCUUCGCCCAUUUGACCGAGUAUACGACCUCGAGUCGUCAUCGGACGCUAUCAGGCCGUUUAAAAAGCCAAUCGAACCCGGGAACAGGCAUAGCGUCGGCAGUACGGGAUAAUAAGCGUCUGCUGUCGUCGUGGUCGAAACAUGGAAAUGACGAUUAUGAGAUGAUGCAGUCGGAAACGAAUGUAUCGAGUACUAGUCCGGCACCAAGGGUGGAUAGUGGGGUGACAAAGGGGAGGAGGAUUAAGGUUACUGAGGAGAUAUCGAUUAUUAGGGGGGACCAAUAA